AUGCCACUUUCAACCGAUACUCAGGUGCUAGAGACUAGCAAUGGUCUCGUGAGCACACUUCGCGGUAUAGCUGGCGAUGCAGCAAAGAGCUUUCGACCAGCCCACGCAAAAGGCCAUCUCCUAACCGGAACCUUCAAACCUACCUCCUCAGCCGCCGAGCUGACUUCAGCCCCGCAUUUCAAUGCUGCAUCCACACCAAUCACCGUCCGCUUCUCCUCCUCGACUGGCUUCCCCCAAAUCCCCGACACAGACGCCAACGCCAACCCACGCGGAAUCGCAAUCCGAUUCCACCUCCCGGAGAAAAACGGCAAACGGCAGCAUACAGACAUAAUCGCCCAUUCCACAAAAUACUUCCCCACACGUACGGGAGCCGAAUUCCUCGAAUUCCUCAAAGCAGCAACAAGCAGCAAUGCCGCCGAAGCCGUCCCCGAGUUUCUAUCUCGCCAUCCUGAAACUGCGCGAUUCCUACAGGACCCCAAGCCCAGUCCCGAGAGCUUUGCUACGGAAAAGUUUUUUGGGGUAAAUGCGUUCAAAUUUGUGAAGGAAGAUAAAGUUACCACGCUGCGAUAUCGCAUUGUACCUAUCGCGGGCGAGCAGCAUGUUGAUGUCGAAGCGCUCAAAAGCAAAUCUGAUACUUACCUUUUCGACGAAUUGACACCGCGUCUUGAGAAAGCUCCGAUUGAGUUUAAGCUGCUUGCACAGAUUGCGGAGGAGGGCGAUGUCACGGAUGACGCGACGCAGAUUUGGCCUGAAGAACGGAAAGUGGUUGAGCUGGGUACGAUUACGAUUGAGAAGACGCUAGGAGAGGAUGAGAGUUUAGAGAAGCAGCGGAAUGUUAUUUUUGAUCCUAUUCCGCGGGUUCAAGGUGUGGAGCCGAGUGAGGAUCCGUUGUUGGAGGUUAGGGCGAAUGUGUAUUUGAUUUCUGGGAAGCAGAGGAGGGAAGCUGAGCCUGUGAAGAGCGAUGUGGGGAAGACUACGGAUGCGGUGGUGGCUGCUACGUAG